AAGAUGUUGCUAAACAUCAUGAUUGUCCUGGCAACUAUUUCAAACUCAUUUGCGCAAACACUUGCUGAGAACCUUUGCAAAGACUGCUGCACUGCACUCCCUGGUAACCCUGGCAACCCUGGUAACCCAGGCAAUCCUGGUAAUACAGGUAAUCCUGGCCCAAAAGGUGACAGAGGCUCUGAUGGAUUUGAUGGAAUCACAGGCCAGAAAGGCGAGUCUGGUGUUCAAGGUCCACCUGGAAUCAAAGGCUUGGUGGGGCCUCCUGGAGAAACAGGUAAUAUUGGGCUUCCAGGAGAAACAGGGCCUCAAGGGCCCAAAGGUGAUCCAUGGUUUCCCACUGAAGGAUUUCUGGGUGAAAAGGGGCAGAAAGGUGACAGAGGAUUCAAAGGUACUAGCGGGUUUCCAGGACGAAAUGGGUUUAAAGGUGAGCAAGGACGAUCGGGACCAAAAGGUGAGCGAGGGCCUCCAGGUAAAACAGAGCUUCCAAGCAUUCUAGAAGCAUUCAAAGGAGAAAAAGGAGGCAGAGGUUUUCCAGGAAUUAAAGGUGAAAUGGGAUAUCCAGGACGGGAUGGGAUGAAAGGUAACAUAGGGCUUCCAGGGCUUAACGCGAAUGGGCUUCCAGGACCGAAAGGUCACAGCGGAUAUCCAGGACCUCCAGGGCCAAAAGGAAAUAGAGGACCUCGAGGUUAUAAGGGACUACAAGGCUCUCCAGGACCCAGCAGCAGUGAGACACAACAAAUGUCAGCAUUCUCCGCUGAACACACCAAUGGGAGCACAAUACACACUGGUCCUAUAAAAUACAAUAACAUUCUAACAAAUGUUGGUGAGCACUACAAUGCUGCAACUGGCAAAUUUGUAUGCAAAAUCCCUGGCACGUAUGUAUUCAGUUUCAUAUCUCAGAUAACGGAUCAGAAUGUUCAUGUACGAACCAACAUCAUGAAGAAUGGUGAGAUGAUGACAGCUGGCAUUGGCCUAUCAGGAAAGCCCUACACUAAUGUUGUUGUUCUGAAUUUACAAUUCAAUGACAAAGUUUGGAUUGAGCCUCUGGCUGGGUUGGACGAGUAUCUUGAUUUUAAUUACUGUUCUUUCUCUGGUUUUCUGCUUUACUGCUUAUACAUAUAUUACAAUGAACAAAGAAAAUUCAAGAUGUUGCUAAAAAUCAUGAUUAUCCUGGCAACUAUUUCAUUUGAGCAAAUAUUUGCUGAGAACCUUUGCAAAGACUGCUGCACUGCACUCCCUGGUAACCCUGGCAACCCUGGUAACCCAGGCAAUCCUGGUAAUACAGGCAAUCCUGGUCAAAAAGGUGACAGAGGCUCUGAUGGACUUGAUGGGAUCCAAGGCCAGAAAGGAGAGCCUGGUGUUCAUGGUCCAUCUGGAAUCCAAGGCUUGAAGGGGCCCCCUGGAGUGCAAGGGCCAUGGGGGCUUUCAGGAAAGCAAGGGCCUCCAGGGCCAAAAGGUGAUUCAUGGUUUCCUACAGAGGCACAGAUAUCUUCAGGAUUUCUACAGAGUCGAGAUCGAACAUUUCCAGGUCAAAAAGGGCAGCAAGGUGAGAGAGGACUUGAAGGUUCUAGAGGAAUUCCAGGAGUACCAGGGCCUAAAGGUGAGCCAGGAGUACCAGGGCCUAAAGGUGAGCAAGGACUUCCAGGUCAAACAGAGCUUCCAGGCAUUCUAGAAGCCUUCAAAGGUCAAAAAGGAGACAGAGGGUUUACAGGGAUUCCAGGUGAAAUGGGUUUACCGGGACUGGGUGGAAUUAAAGGUGACAGAGGGCUUGUAGGGCUUAGCGGGUAUGGGCUUCCUGGUCCUAAAGGUGACAGAGGAUAUCCAGGACGUUCAGGAGGAACAGGGGCAAGAGGACCUCGAGGCUAUAAAGGGGUACAAGGUCCUCCAGGAUCCAGCCGCGGCGAGACACAACAAAAGUUGGCAUUCUCUGUUGAACACACCAAUGGGAGCACAAUACACACUGGUCCCAUAAAAUACAAUAACAUUCUAACAAAUGUUGGUGAGCACUACAAUGCUGCAACUGGCAAAUUUGUAUGCAAAAUCCCUGGCACGUAUGUAUUCAGUUUCAUAUCGCAGAUAACAGAUCAGAAUGUUCACAUACAAAGCAAUAUCAUGAAGAAUGGUGAGAUGAUGACAGCUGGACUGGGCCAAUCAGGAGAACCCUACACUAAUGUUGUUGUCCUGAAUUUACAAUUUAAUGACGAAGUUUGGAUUGAGCCUCUGGCUGGGUUGGAUGAAUUCAUGAUGUUGCUAAAUAUCAUGGUUAUCAUGGCAAUGAUGUCAAACUUGUAUGUAACUGCUGUUGACACAGACUGCAGCACUCCAACCUAUGGUAACCCAGGCAACCCCGGCAAUCCUGGUAUUCCAGGCAACCCUGGUAAUACAGGUAAUCCUGGUCAAAAAGGUGACAUAGGAUUUGAUGGACGUGAUGGGAUCAAAGGCGAGAAGGGAGAGCCCGGAAUUCAAGGCGUAAUUGGAGAGACAGGUCUAGCGGGGCGUCCAGGGGCGGAUGGCCCAAAGGGGAUUUCAGGUGAAAUGGGGCCUAAAGGGCCUCCUGGUGACCGAUUGUGGCCUCGACCUGAGAUGUCUUCUGUUCGAGUGAUUCAAGGUGAAAAGGGAAAGAGAGGGCAGAGAGGAAUGCAAGGUAAUCCGGGUUUUCCCGGAUUUACAGGGAUAAAAGGCGAUCCAGGCUCCCAAGGGCUUCCAGGUGACCGGGGACUUCCAGGUAAGCUAGAACUUUCAGAGAUAGAGCUGUCAGCAAUCAAAGAAGGGGGUUUAUUGAAAGGUGUAAAAGGAGAGCCUGGGCCAAUAGGUUUUCCAGGAGUUCCAGGUCGACCAGGGAUAACCGGCCUUCCUGGAUCUCGAGGUGACAGAGGGUUUCCAGGGCUUGGUGAGAGUGGGCGUAAAGGAUUUAAAGGUGAUUACGGACGUCCCGGACCUAAAGGUGACCCAGGCGCAAGAGGGCGUCAAGGCCACAAAGGAAAUCAAGGCCCUCCAGGACCUAAAGGCAGCAGUGAGACACAAAAGAUGUCAGCAUUCACCGUUGAACACACCAAUGGAAGUACAAUAACUGCUGGUCCAAUCAAAUUCAAUAGAGUUAUAACAAAUGUUGGCUUUCACUAUAACGUUGCCACAGGCAAAUUUGUAUGCAAAAUUCCUGGCACGUAUGUAUUCAGUUUCAUACCUCAGACAACAGAUCGGAAUGUUGAAGUACCGACAAACAUCAUGAAGAAUGGUGAAAAAAUAUCAGCUGGUCUGGACCAAUCAGGGGAGAAGUCCUUCACUAAUAUUUUUGUCCUGGAUUUACAACUCGCAGACCAAGUUUGGAUUGAGCCUCAGACCGUGCUAAAUAAUUUACUCGAGGUUAAUUACUGUUAUUUCUCUGGUUUUCUGCUGUAUGCAUCUUAAAUAUAUACUGUCAGUCUGCGGUGAGAUAAUUAACAAAAAACUCAAUGUUUCCAUUGGUUGAAUUUAACAUUUAAUUAUUACAGCAGUUUAAUGUUUUUAUUAAAUGUUAAAAGGUAUGUUACAAAUACUACUGCAGACAGUACACCUUCUUAAUGAAAAAAAAAUCAUAUAUACAUGAUGAUUAUUAGUAUUACUAUAAAAACAUAGAUUUAUUAUAAAUAUAUUAGAAUGCUUCUCCCAUGCAUGUUAUUAUAAUUGGCUUGCAAAAUGGCCAUUCCAAAUUCACAAUAUUACAUACUAAAGCAUGCAUACAAAUAUUGGAUGAGUGAAAUUUUGGGUGCACGAAACUCUCUUGGCUUUAUUUUAACAUGUGCAAAUAUAUGCGUUAUGUUUAUAUCUUUUUGACUAUGAGGUGGAUGUUAUAAGUGGUCUACAGACAACUGUAAACCUUUCAAGGUUGAACCCACUAUUAAAUAACACAAAUCAAAAGUGAUGUUGUCUGUCUAUGAGUGAGAUACUCACCAGGAUGAACCGAUAUAUGCCAAUUCAUUUUACAAAUUUCCCUAAAAAAUAAUGGAACUGUCCAACCCACAUUUACCAAUGAGAGUUUAACUUGAAAGCCAUUGUGUUGCUUUGAAAAACUGAAUAAUUAAAAUUGGCAUAUAUCAGUUCAAUCUGGUAAGUAUUUACAAAAUAGAUACAGAAAAACAAAGUCUAUGCCUCAGAACUUAAUUUUUGUCAAGUAUACUGUAGUUUAGAAAAGAGUUUACGUGCAAAUGUGACAAAUAUCAACUACCAAUUUUAUUAAUGAUAUAUAGACAGCAAUCUGUUUGUGGUCUUUGUAAAACAGGUCUUACAGGGGUGAUUAAUUACUGCCUGUGUAAUAUAGCUGGCUAUAAUCAACCUAUACAGUAGCGUAUCUAGUGGGUGGCAUGGGCCACUCAUAUACUCAUGUGCCCC